AGCGCGCGCGAGCGCCCUGCGCGCAGAGCCUCACCUGAAGGUUUUACGCGGAACAGUUUUAAAGUUCAGAAACCUGCAGCUGCAGGGGUGGGGGGUCGUUCGGUCCCAUCCCCUCCUCUCCAUCGAUCCCCUCCCUUCUCCUCCAUUCCCAUCCCUCGUUCUCUCUCUUUCUCCCUCCCUCUCCCUCUCCCUCCCCGGGGCGGGAGAAGCUCGUGCGUUUUCCUCUCAGAGUGGGUCCUCCGGGAAGACUCACAAAGCGAUUUUCCCUGUGAGAGAGAGUGCGCGGAGUCUUGAGAGCUCCGGAGACGCAGCGCUGCUCCGGACAGCACCGAGCCCGCGCGCCUCCCGUCCCGCGCGGAGGCUUUGGCAUUCACAGCAAAGAGCCAGGAAAAAGGAAGGAAGAAGUGUCCGAUAAUGCUGACAUCUGAUCCGGCAGCACCUUGAUCCUUUUCUUCUUUCCUCUUUGACAGCUCAGAGCGCAGAAGUCACUCCUGAACAUCUCCACUGACUGGUUCUGCUUCAGUUCUGCUUGUUUGGACUUUUUUGGAUCUUUAUUAAACACCCCCUUUUCAUUUGAGGGAUUGGAAUAAAGACUGAGAGAAGUCUUUUACUGCGCGCGGCAGCAGCUGAGGAGCGCACCAAACGCCAAUCAGAGCGCAGGACCCGGAGCGGAGAAAGUGCCCAUCAGUGGGGGCUAAAGGACACACCGAGAGAGCGCGCGCGCCGCGGGGCGGAUCCGGGGGGAGAUUUGUUCAUGUUUGGGAUCCAGGAGAGCAUCCAGAGGAGCGGCAGCAGCCUGAAAGAGGAGCCGCUGGGAGGGAUGAACGUCCGGAGCUGGAUGCAGGGGGGCGGCGUGCUGGACGCCAACACGGCCGCCCAAAGUGGCGUGGGUCUGGCUCGGGCUCACUUUGAGAAGCAGCCGCCCUCCAACCUGCGGAAGUCCAACUUCUUCCACUUCGUCCUGGCGCUGUACGACCGGCAGGGUCAGCCGGUGGAGAUCGAGAGGACGAGCUUCGUGGACUUCAUCGAAAAGGAGAAGGAAACCAGUGGAGAGAAGACCAACAACGGGAUUCAUUACCGUCUGCAGCUUCUUUACAGCAACGGCAUCAGAACAGAGCAGGACUUUUAUGUUCGACUCAUAGACUCCAUGACUAAACAGCCGAUUGUUUAUGAAGGCCAAGACAAGAACCCGGAGAUGUGCAGAGUGCUGCUGACACAUGAGAUCAUGUGCAGUCGGUGCUGUGACAAGAAGAGCUGUGGAAACCGUAAUGAGACACCCUCAGACCCUGUUAUCAUCGACAGAUUUUUCCUCAAGUUUUUCCUCAAGUGCAACCAGAACUGUUUAAAGAAUGCAGGAAACCCCAGAGACAUGAGGAGAUUCCAGGUGGUUGUAUCAACGACAGUGAGCGUGGAAGGACAUGUCCUCUCGGUCUCCGACAACAUGUUUGUCCACAACAACUCCAAACACGGCCGCCGGGCCCGAAGGCUCGACCCUGUGGAGGGAACGCCGUCUUACCUAGAACACGGAGCGGCUCCAUGCAUUAAAGCCAUCAGUCCCAGUGAGGGUUGGACCACAGGGGGCGCAACAGUCAUCAUCAUAGGAGACAACUUCUUUGACGGCCUCCAAGUUAUCUUUGGUACCAUGCUGGUUUGGAGCGAGUUGAUUACGCCCCACGCCAUCCGUGUGCAGACGCCUCCUAGACACAUCCCGGGGGUCGUGGAGGUCACUCUGUCGUACAAGUCCAAGCAGUUCUGCAAAGGAACACCAGGAAGAUUCAUAUACACAGCACUGAAUGAACCAACCAUCGACUACGGCUUCCAGAGGCUUCAGAAGGUUAUCCCUCGGCACCCAGGGGACCCAGAGAGGCUGCCAAAGGAGGUUAUUCUGAAGAGAGCGGCCGAUCUAGUGGAAGCGCUUUAUGGGAUGCCUCAUAAUAACCAGGAGAUCAUCCUGAAGCGAGCAGCCGAUAUUGCAGAAGCCUUAUACAGCGUUCCUCGAGGACACACCCAGCUCUCCGGCUCAGCUCACACUGGAAUGAUGGGAGUCAACUCCUUCACCGGGCAGCUGUCCGUCAACGUCUCCGAACCCUCUCAAGGCAACCAAGGGUUCGUGCGCAGCAGCAGUAGUGUGUCGCCUCACGGUUACGUCCCCAGCUCCACACCUCAACAAACCAGUUACUCCUCAGUCACGAGCACCAUGAACGGCUAUACCAACAACACCGGCAUGACCAACCUUGGAGGCUCGCCCACUUUCCUCAAUGGUUCUGCAGCUAACUCGCCUUAUGCUAUUGUUCCAUCCAGUCCCACCAUGGCCUCCUCCACCUCUCUACCUUCCAACUGCUCUUCCUCUUCUGGCGUUUUCUCCUUCUCCCCGGCCAACAUGGUUUCAGCAGCAGUUAAGCAGAAAUCUGCCUUCGCUCCAGUGGUUAGACCCUCCUCUUCUCCACCGCCUUCAUGUACAAGUGCUAACGGCAACGGACUCCAAGAUCAAACAUUUGUGGACUCUAGCAAGUACUCCACGGCCGGCUCACUACAAGGCUUGGCCUUCACCUGAACCAUCCCAGGAAUGAUCGUCCCACCCAUGUAAAGCUGUGACUGCAUGAUUGUGUGUAUGUGUGUGAGCUGAAACAAGCACACUCUCGCCGAUCCUGCGGGAGGAUUCGGUGCGAGUCGGACUCCGGUCGGGGAUGGAGGCAACUGUCCCGAUUCGAAGAAAACAAAACCCAACUCAGGCCCUUUGUAUCACAGAACAACUGCGAGAAGAACAGAGUGAGAACAAAAAAAAAAAA